CUCUUAUAUAAGUUUUCCGAAAAUAUCGCAGAUUUGAACAGUACCCAUUUCCCAGAAACAAAAUUCUUUGGAUGCAUUCUUCUCUUACAUGAAUUCCCACUUUUUCUGCAACUCUAUCUUCCACCAAUGACUACACUUACGAAGCUUCACGUGUACCCACAAAGUUUUGAGGGUCCAACUCCAAGUACGAGAGAUGGGCAUCUGAUCGGAGCUCUUGGACGGGGAAUUCAUCGGUUCGGUGUUGGAGUAUCGACGAGCCGGAGUGGGUUGUGCUUGAGAAAGUGUAGAUCCUUCAGAGGAGGGGAUGGUGGGGAUUUUGAGAAGGAGGAUAGUAAAGGGAGGAAUCGGAGAAAUUCGAGGUUAAAAGAGGUGAAAAUGAAGAAGGAAAGUCAGUUUUGGAAAUUUUUGAGGUCUGGUGUUUUGGGUAAGUUUAAUUUGCUUUUGGGAUCGGAUGUUGAUCAGGGGAAACUUAUGGCUAAUAUGGAGGGUUUGCUUUCUUCGGCUGCAGUCCAAAUUGGUAGAUAUAUCGUUACAAUGAUGAGCACUGGCGUCGUACUUGCUGUCGGAUUUCAGUUAUCAGGUGGAGACAAUCAAAUGAACGCACUGAUUUGGUAUAGUUGGCUCGGAGGGGUUAUUAUUGGAACUAUGAUUGGUGCGAACAUGGUAUUAGAGGAGCACUGCAGAGCUGGUCCGCGCAAUGUUGUUAUAACUGGAAGCACAAGAGGAUUGGGGAAAGCACUAGCCAGAGAGUUUCUUCUUUCAGGAGACCGUGUGGUUGUGGCUUCUCGCAGCCCUGAGUCCGUUCAAGAAACUCUAAGAGAGCUCGAGGAAAACUUAAAAGGUCUAAUGGUCAGAAGUGGUUCUUCCAAUAAAAGCCUGGCAUGUGCUAAAGUUGUUGGCACAACGUGCAAUGUUUGUGACCCUGAAGAUGUUCAUAAUUUAGCCAAUUUUGCUAUAAAUGAACUCGGUUCUAUUGACAUUUGGAUAAACAAUGCGGGCACAAAUAAAGGCUUUAGACCAUUACUGCAGUUUACGGAUGAAGAUAUUACUCAGAUUCUUUCAACAAACCUCGUUGGUUCCCUUCUUUGUACUCGAGAAGCCAUGCGUGUAAUGAGAAAUCAGGCUAAAGGAGGGCAUAUAUUUAACAUGGACGGUGCCGGUUCUGGAGGUUCAAGUACUCCUUUAACGGCUGUGUAUGGAUCGACGAAAUGUGGUCUUAGGCAGCUUCAAUCAUCUCUUUUAAAAGAGUGCCGGCGGUCCAAUGUAGGCGUACACACUGCAUCUCCUGGCAUGGUUUUGACAGAUCUCCUUCUUAGUGGUUCAACUGUGAGGAACAAACAGAUGUUCAAUAUCAUUUGUGAGCUUCCUGAAACAGUUGCUAGAACAUUAGUUCCUCGGAUGCGAGUCGUGAAAGGAACAGGAAAAGCCAUCAACUACUUAACUCCUCCAAGAAUCUUAUUAGCUCUUGUCACUGCCUGGCUGCGACGAGGUCGGUGGUUUGACGAACAGGGGAGGGCUCUGUAUGCAGCUGAGGCAGACAGAAUCCGAAACUGGGCCGAAAAUCGCACGCGUUUCUCCUUCACCGAUGCAAUGGAGAUGUACACAGAGAACACCUGGGUGUCUGUCUUCUCCCUUUCGGUCGUAUGCGCCUUCAUAAUUCUCUCUACCACGAACAACACUUUCCCCGGAACUUGAUUCCUUUCAACUACGGCAAAGACCGACAGCAUUCGAAAUUCAUCGGCAAAGCAUCGUUACCGAAGAAGAAGCAGCAUUGUUAGGUACUGAUGGGGGAGAAAAGAAAGGAGAAGGUGACAUUGUUAGUUCACCUGGCAUCCUUAAACACAAAGAAAAACCAACCCCCACUACCACUAGCUAAUGUAUUGACUGCCUAACCGCAAAGCAAAGCCCUGAAGGGUGGCUAUUUAUUUAUUUAGUUCAAUGGAUGGACUAAUCUGUAUUGAAAAUGUAGUAUGUAAAAAAUCUACAAUAAUUUAGGUAAAGUUUGUGUCUUUUUUUAUCUUUUUUAA